GUCAUGCCAUAUCUUCCUUUCUGUCAUGUCAUAACGCAAUGUCAAUUUGUGUAUUGAGAUUUGAGCUACUAUACUUGUUUUGUUCAUUAGAAAUACGCAGUGUUUAAUAAAAUGUUAAGGGUGUAAAAGAAGUCAAUAUUAGACUAUUAUUUAUGAAUAAUUGUAUAUAGUUCUUCAAUAUUAUAAAUACUAAAAUGAGUUAUCAAGACGAUCCCAGUUGUUACGUUGGUUCCUUCCCCAAGGACUUUAGUUACGGACCUUUUGAACAAAAUGGAGAGGGUGACAAUAUUUCAUUACAAGAAGACCACAAACCCAGAAUUCUACUAAUGGGGCUGAGAAGAUCGGGGAAGUCAUCAAUUCAGAAAGUGGUUUUUCAUAAAAUGUCACCUAAUGAAACCUUGUUUUUGGAGUCUACAAACAAAAUAGUAAAAGAUGAUAUAAACAACAGUAGUUUUGUACAGUUUCAAAUAUGGGAUUUUCCAGGGCAAAUUGAUUUCUUUGAUGCAACCUUUGACUCUGACACAAUAUUUGGUGGAUGUGGUGCCUUGGUGUUUGUAAUUGAUGCCCAGGAUGAUUAUCAAGAUGCUUUGGAUAAACUACAACUUACAGUAACGAAAGCCUAUAGAGUUAAUAGCAACAUAAAGUUUGAAGUUUUCAUACAUAAAGUUGAUGGCCUUAAUGAUGAUUAUAAGAUGGAAUCCCAAAGAGAUAUUCACCACAGAGCAACGGAGGACUUGGCGGAAGCAGGCUUGGAACAUGUCCAUCUGUCAUUCCACCUGACCUCCAUAUAUGACCACUCCAUAUUUGAAGCAUUCAGUAAAGUAGUACAAAAGCUGAUUCCACAGUUACCAACAUUAGAAAACCUUCUGAACAUUCUUAUUUCUAACUCAGGGAUAGAGAAAGCAUUCCUCUUUGAUGUGGUUUCAAAAAUCUACAUAGCUACCGACAGCUCCCCAGUGGAUAUGCAGAGUUAUGAACUGUGCUGCGAUAUGAUAGACGUUGUCAUUGAUAUCUCUUGUAUAUAUGGUAUGGUGGAUGAAACAGAAGUGAAUACAUUUAACAGUCAAAGCUCAAGUUUAAUAAAAUUAAACAAUGGUACUGUUCUGUACUUACGUGAAGUCAACAAGUUUCUUGCUCUUGUUUGUAUUUUGCGUGAGGAAAACUUCCAGAAACAAGGAGUGAUUGAUUACAAUUUCCUAUGUUUCCGUGAUGCUAUAACACAAGUUUUUGAGCUGCGCAACAAAUGCCAGAAUGUUAUAGCUUCGAGAGCAGCCUCGAGUACCCCGGAGCCGAUAGCCAACGGCACAGCAGACUCAACAGAAAGUGCUUCCGACCGCUCACAAACUAAUUUACCAUAGCAUAUCACCACAACGCUUAUUUUUGAAACCUAACAUUAAUAUGUGUAUCUAUAUUUUUAAAUAACAGUAUGUGAAUAAAAGAGCAUAAUUGUGUUAAA